AUGUAUUUAAUGUGCAAAGUACUGUUUAUGUUGCUCAUAAGUCAAGUGUAUAGUUCACCAAGGAAGAAAUCUUAUUCGGAAAUAAAAUCGUGUAAUGUUGGUAAUUUAGCGGAAGAAAUUGCAUCUUAUGACAGCGUAGUUCGAGAUAUUAUGAACUACGUGGUGUCCGGCCCGUUCAAAAGGAAGACAUAUGAUGAACUCGAGAAAUUUGUCGACAAGUUUGGAGCUCGGAUAUCGGGGUCGCAGGUGUUGGAAGAUUCUAUUGAUUAUAUGAUCAAGCUAACGCAGGAUGAGGAUUUGACUGAUAUAGUUACUGAGGAGCUGGAGGUUCCUCAUUGGGUAAGAGAACAAGAAAAAAUUACUAUGUUGAAGCCCAGGUCAAAGAAUAUUGCAGUAUUAGGUCUCGGUAAAAGCAUAAGCACUCCGCCCGAAGGUGUAACAGCUGACGUUGUGGUGUUUUCCAAUUUUGAAGAGUUCGAUAAUGCUUCUAUUGAAGACGUUAAAGGAAAAAUAGUUCUGUUUAAUCCAAUCUUUACAACAUAUCACGAAACAUCGCCAUACAGAACUCAUGGAGCUGCAAGGGCAGCGGAAAAGGGAGCGGUUGCAUCAUUAAUUAGAUCGAUAACCCCAUUCUCCAUUAAUUCACCUCACGCUGGUGUGCAGCACUAUUCUGAAAAUGUCACCAAAAUCCCUACCGCGGCCAUUACGUUAGAAGACGCAGAUUUGAUAAAAAGAUUCUAUAACAGAGGCGAGAAAGUUGUACUCAAUAUAAAAAUGCAUAGCUCCUUUGAGACUAAAACAUCUCGGAAUACUCUUAUAGAUUUAAAAGGAACUAAGAACCCAGAAAAGCUUGUAAUUGUUUCGGGUCACAUUGAUAGUUGGGAUGUAGGCCAGGGCGCCAUGGAUGAUGGUGGUGGCCUUUUUGUAAGUUGGGCUGCUCCUAUAAUAUUAAAAAGACUAAAUUUAAUACCAAAAAGAACUGUUAGAGCCAUAUUUUGGACAGCUGAAGAGUUGGGAUUUGUAGGUGUUAAUGCCUAUGCGGAGAAACAUAAAAACGAAAGCCACAAUAUAAACUUUAUUAUGGAGUCUGAUGAAGGAACAUUUGCGCCACGAGGGCUUUCUGUAGCUGGAACUCAAGAGGCUCGUUGCAUUAUUGCUGAAAUUUUAAAAUUAUUUGAAUCUAUAAAUGCUUCUACUCUAAUUGAAACUGACAGACCUUUGUCUGAUAUAGCUUUUAUUGUUCAAAAUGGUAUUCCAGGAGCCAGUCUCCAUAAUGCAAAUGAAAAGUACCAUUGGUUUCAUCAUACGGAAGGCGAUACAAUGAACGUCGAAAACCCUGAAGAACUUGAUUUAUGUACGGCUUUUUGGACUGCGGUUGCCUACAUUAUAGCUGAUAUUUCUGUUGAUAUACCUCGAUAA